UUCCUGUUUUUAUAAACAGCUCUCUUGGGUCGUUGAGGCAGGGUGAAACACAUCACUCGCUAUCACAGUCUCUAAAGCUGCCACAAUAAAGGGAACUGUGUAAGAAUCAAGCAUUUCAGCCAUGAAUCUGAUCGUGUUGGGGAUUGUGCUCCUCGGGAUUUACGUCCAACAAUCAGUUUCGCAGAAGGUGGAUUGUUUUUCAUCAUUUACCCUGUCCAGUGGGAAAUGUGGUAAUCUUUUGGGUGAGGUUGGAAAAGAAGAUUGUUGCUUGAACCCCAGCUAUGGCUUCAAAGAAGCAGAUGGCGUCUGUAGGUCCUGUGGGCGGGCAACAUGGUCUGAAUGGACUCCCUGGGGCGAGUGCUCAGUGAGUUGUACAGAGGGAGUCAGUCAAAGGCGACGAUCGUGUCACGGAAUUGGCAAUUGCCCAGAUCCUGAAAAUCUGGGAAAGGUUCAAACUAAACCAUGUGUGAAAAAAGAUUGCUGCCCAGUGGAAGGUGGCUUUUCAGAGUGGGGGAAGUGGCAGCUAUGUUCAGUCACAUGCGGCGAUGGAAUUAAAAAAAGACGAAGAACAUGUUCUGAACCCAUUCCACAAUGUGGGGGCUCCUGUAGUGGUGCAGAAGAAGAAAUCACCCCUUGCUCCACUGAAAUAAUCUGUCCGACUCAUGGUGGUUGGUCCAGUUGGGGGAGUUGGGGUCCAUGUCCAGUUACUUGUUUUUAUGAAGGACGCAAUCCUCAAAAUGAACUUCGUAAACGAACAUGCACCAACCCUGUUCCAUCUACCAUUCCACGUGGUAAUGCCUGUGAGGGCUCUGACACAGAAAGCCGCCCUUGCAGAGGUCUACCGUUCUGCCCAGUUGAUGGAAACUGGGGCGCUUGGGCAGGUCACACACCCUGCUCUGUGACGUGUGGAGUGGGUCAACAGACUCAAAGACGGAUUUGUGAUUCUCCUAAACCAGCACAUGGUGGAAAACAGUGUCCAGGUGAAGAGCAACAAUCUGUUAUCUGCAUCAUUCCUGUCAACUGUCCAAUAAAUGGGAUGUGGAGUGAAUGGGGAGAGUGGAGAGAUUGUAAACCACCUUCCACUAGAAAUAUCAUAUGCAAAAACAGGGAGGGAAAACGAAGGAGGGAGAGGGACUGUCUGGAUAGAAGAUACGAUGGAGCCCCAUGUGAUGGAGAGAUUGUUCAACAUGGCAGGUGCUAUAACAUAGAAGGCUGUGAAAUGGAAGGUGUCUUGUCAGAGUGGAGUGAGUGGAGUUAUUGCACACCUGAUUGUGGGUCAAACUCUACACAAACAAGAGAAAGAAAGUGUGUUGCUGACAUCGCUAUAUACAGCUCCCAAGACCGCACUAUGUUUGCAGGGAAUCCACGUGUUAAAUGUGGCGGUCUGAAAACACAAACAGAGAGAAGACCAUGUAAAAAUGUUCCUGAGUGCAUGGAUUAUGAUGCUGUGAAAUCAAGCAUUUCUGUCACCGAUUCAGCCAUGAAUCUGAUCGUGUUGGGGAUUGUGCUCUUCGGGAUUUACGUCCAACAAUCAGUUUUGCAAAAGGUGGAGUGUUUUUCAUCAUUUAGCCUGUCCAGUGGGAAAUGUGGUAAUCUUUUGGGUGAGGUUGGAAAAGAAGAUUGUUGCUUGAACCCCAGCUAUGGCUUCAAAGAAGCAGAUGGCGUCUGUAGGUCCUGUGGCUAUAUAAAUAGUAAUGCAACAUGGUCUGAAUGGACUCCCUGGGGCGAGUGCUCAGUGAGUUGUACAGAGGGAGUCAGUCAAAGGCGACGAUCGUGUCACGGAAUUGGCAAUUGCCCAGAUCCUGAAAAUCUGGGAAAGGUUCAAACUAAACCAUGUGUGAAAAAAGAUUGCUGCCCAGUGGAAGGUGGCUGGUCAGAGUGGGGGAAGUGGCAGCUAUGUUCAGUCACAUGCGGCGAUGGAAUUAAAAAAAGACGAAGAACAUGUUCUGAACCCAUUCCACAAUGUGGGGGCUCCUGUAGUGGUGCAGAUGAAGAAAUCACCCCUUGCUCCACUGAAAUAAUCUGUCCGACUCAUGGUGGUUGGUCCAGUUGGGGGAGUUGGGGUCCAUGUCCAGUUACUUGUUUUUAUGAAGGACGCAAUCCUCAAAAAGAAUUCACCAACCCUGUUCCAUCUACCAUUCCACGUGGCAAUGCCUGUGAGGGCUCUGACACAGACAGCCGCCCUUGCAGCGGUCUACCGUUCUGCCCAGUUGAUGGAAACUGGGGCGCUUGGGCAGGUCACACACCCUGCUCUGUGACGUGUGGAGUGGGUCAACAGACUCAAAGACGGAUUUGUGAUUCUCCUAAACCAGCACAUGGUGGAAAACAGUGUCCAGGUGAAGAGCAACAAACUGGUAUCUGCAUCAUUUCUGUCAACUGUCCAAUAAAUGGGAAGUGGAGUGAAUGGGGAGAGUGGAGUAAUUGUAAAUCACCUUUCGGUAAAAAUAUCACAUGCACAGAAAAGGAGGGAAAACGAAAGAGAGAGAGGGAUUGUGUUGAUAGAAAAUACAAAGGAGCCGCAUGUGUUGGAGAGAUUGUUGAACAUGACAAGUGCUUUAACAUUGAAAGAUGUGAAAUGGAAGGUGUCUUGUCAGAGUGGAGUGAGUGGAGUAAUUGCACACCAGAUUGUGGACCAAACUCUACAAAAAUAAGAGAAAUAAAGUGUGUUGCUAACAUCACUUUAUACAGCUCCCAAGACCGCACUAAGUUUGUAGGGAAUCCACAUGUUAAAUGUGACGGUCUGAAAGAACAAACAGAGAGAAGACCAUGUAAAAAUGUUCCUGAGUGCAUGGAUAACAAUUAUGAAUGAGCACAGAAUGCAGAGUAGUUGUUGAAGACAAGAGGACCAGUUGCUGUACACAAGUACCUCACCAGCAGGUGGAAGAACCCUAGCAAGAUGUUCUCUUAUCAAAUAUGCUACUAACAGAAAAAUACUUGGUUUGUCAGCCUAUAUGAGAUAAAAUAAAGUUUGCAAAAUGUUUAUAA